AUGGCCGGGCGGGGCGCCGCCAUCCCUGCGCAGCUAGCGGGGAGCGCCCGCCCCACGGGCUCCCCCAUGGUGGCGGCCCCCGUGGGGGGGGAGGCGGGGGGUAGGGAUAGGGCCCCGCGCCCCGUGCCCACUGUCCAGAGAGAAGGUGGUACAUUGGAUGAGGCGACGAGAAAAGAUCUUUUCACAGACACCUUCUGUAAAGUGUGCGGGGCUGUGCUGCAGUUUGAGUCACAAAGAAUUUCACAUUACGAGGGCAAAAAGCAUGCUCAGAAAGUUCGCCUUUAUUUUCAAAUGCGCAGUGAGCAAGAUGACGGACAAGAACCUGGCAAACAGAAGAGACCAGAUUAUGUGAACUUUCAGGUGGAUGGGAGUGGAGUAGUGGACAAAAACAAGUAUUGCAAUCUUUGCAACAUGAUUUUUACUUCUCCAGUUGUUGCUCAGUCUCAUUACCUGGGGAAAAUACAUGCCAAAAAGCUGAAGCAAUUAUCAGGAGACCAACCUCAAGUGCCUGCACAGAGCACUCAACCACAAACAGGUUCCCCCGCUGGUCCUUCUACAUCUCUGGCACUACAGCAGCCCUCCACUGAGAAGCCCUCCCAGGAUCCUAAUGUUGAAGAGUCCACGACAUCCUCUAGCAUUGCUUUGGAUUUAAAUGAUCCAGACAAGUAUUGCAAGCUCUGCUCAGCUCCCUUCAAUAAUCCAUUGAUGGCCCAUCAACAUUAUGUUGGCAAGAAGCACAAAAGGAACGAAGCCCGGAAGAAGAUGAUGGCGGAGAUGGGAGAGGAGGCUGUUCCUGCGGAAUCCAGUGCAAAUGCAGUUGGAGUUGGUAACUACAUAUGUCCUAUAUGUAACAUCACUCUUACGUCUAUAGAAAUGUACCAGUCCCACAUGCAAGGAAAUAAACAUCAGAUUAAAGAAACCAUGGUUGUCAACCUCAUAAAGAAUUCAAAGAAAACAUAUGACUCCUUUCAAGAUGAAUUAGAAGAUUACAUUAAAGUGCAAAAAGCUAGAGGACUAGAACCAAAAACAUAUUUCAGAAAAGCAGAGGAGGAAGAGUUUGAAAACUACGAGUUAGAAGCAGUAAAUGAUUGUGAUGAUAUUGUAUCUUCCGAUGUUACAUUUGAACAAGGACAGCAUUCCAUCCUCUUCUCAGAAACAUAUAUGUCAUCACAUGCUGUUGAAAACAGAUCGCUGUGCUGGUCACCAGCUCAUGAGAAUAGGCUAAGACUAGAAAACAUGGCUAAAGGUCAUGACAGCAAGGAAUAUUAUUCAGAAACGCAAACAUCUCAGGUGACCCCUUUCAAAGAUGACAGCUAUGGCCUAUCAUCUGCAGAAUCCAGUGACUGCUACAAACACAUCUCUUCUGAUAAUAGCACCCACUCCUAUAGGAAAGGCCGAAAGCUUCGAAGGAAACAUGAAGAGGGGGAAAGACACACUGGGGAAGGAGAAGAGAAACACAACAAAGAAGCCACAAAGCAGAAGAAAAAGGAAAACAGUGAAGACACAGAUUCUGGAAAGGACAGUGAAAUGCAAAAGCGAAGAAAGAUUGAUACAGAUUCAACUCACGAGAAAAAAUCAAAGCACAGUAAAGACAAAAGAAUUAAAGAAAUACCCACUGAGAAGGAGAGUAGAAAGCACAAAAAGGAUAAAAGGAAACCACAGCCUGAUGGAAAAACAGAAGAAGAGAUACUUUGGGAUGAAUCUAUCCUGGGAUUCUAAUAGAGGUUUUGAUUAACUUUAUGAAGUCGGUAUUUUUUGUAGUCUC